UCCGGGGCAUUUUGGAGGGUAUUGGCUGAACAUCCGGUUCGCCUGUCAAAUAGCAGUGAGCGAGCCGCACACCCCUACAAUAAUGUGGCACAUUGAAAGACAGGCAGUCAGACAGGUACAUGUUCUUGCUCACGAUAAAACGGGAGUUGUUUGAUUGCUCUGCUCGAAUAGGAAUUUAAACCAAACCUAUCAACUGAUUUAAAGAGACGUUUUGACGUUUGUCAUUGCUUAGCAUUCAUUUCUGAAAGAAAAUGGCGGAUGUAGAGACUGGUGGUGCUGCGCCGGAGAAGAGCCUGGAUGAUUUCUUUGCCAAGAGGGAUAAAAAAAAGAAGAAAGAAAAGGGAGGCAAGGGAAAGGAAGCCCCAUCUGGGCCCACACCAAUUGUAUUGAAAAAGAACAAGAAGGAAAAGGAGAAGUCCGGCACGAAAAAUGAAAAUCAAGAUGCGCAGCCGGAGAAGGAGGACGAGGAGUGGAAGGAGUUUGAGGCAAAGGAGGUGGACUACAGUGGACUCAGACUGCAGGCUCUACAGAUAAGUGAUGAGAAGGAGGAAGAGGAGUAUGAGGAGGAGGUUGGUGAGGAUGGAGAGAUCAUCCUGGUCAGUGGAGACAAAAUGUCUGGACCCUGGAACAAAUCUGGUGCCCCGCCCCCAGCCGCUGCCCCUGUUGAGGUGGAAGAGGUGCCUGAGUCCAAGCCUUCUGGGGUGUACCGCCCCCCAGGGGCCCGACUGACUACCACAAAGCGUGGCCCCAACCAGGGGCCCCCUGAGAUCUUCAGCGACACACAGUUCCCCUCACUCAUGGCCGGCUCCAAACAUGUGGAGACACGCAGGGACAGAGAGAUGGAGAAGACCUUUGAGGUUGUGAAGCACAAAAACCGUGGCCGAGAGGAGGGAGGCAGUGGCGCUUCCCUGCAGCAGUUGGAGCUUGGUAACCAGUACGCCAUCCUGGGGGACAAGUAGUGGCCUGCACAGCCAGCGUGGUCUUACCCAGCUGCCAGAGGGAGCUGAGCUACAGCAGUGUACCUAACUACAGCACAGUCCUGACAACAAACACUGGUGUUGCUGCCACCAUCACACUGGACCUUCUCUCCUUCUCACGUACCACAGUACAAUACA